AUGCAGAGGGUCGUUUUCACAAAGGCACGAAUAUGCAAUCUCUUAAAAAUGCAAAGGAGACAUGGGGGUGGAACUUCUCUGCUAACAAAAAUUGGACAAUCAUUCAAUCAAGAGAGUUUAAGAAAUGCAAAAAUAAAACUAAGCAAUUACGGAAUGAGUAAUUCAUAUAACCCGAUUGGAAAGACAAGUACGAGUGGUGGAGACUGGGGUAGUAGCAGCAGUAGGAGCAACAUUUUCCAACAGUUUAUCGACAUUUUUAAAAAGAAAACAGAUAGAGAAGAGGAUAACCUCAAAAGUAACGAUAAAAAUGAGAAAAAGGAAAAAGAAUUUUUUGAAUAUUACAUAAAAUGCUUAAUGAAAUAUGAAGGGAUUUUCACAUAUCGAAAAUUUCAACUAUUUCUGAAAGAUUUGUGUAACUAUUUUAACCUCUUUGGAUUGACAUAUAAAUAUAAAAAAAAAAUGAAUCCACAAAUGGAAAAAUUAAAAAAGCAAUAUGAAGUUAUGAAUUCAUUUCUACCCUACGAAUUGGAUUCAGAUGAUUACAAAAUAUUUCAUGAAGAAAGUAAAAAAUAUAUAGCUGAGUCUUGUAAUGUAGAUAUGAAAUUUAUUGACGAAUUGUUACUUUUUCAUGAUUCAUUGAAAACUGAUAGAACAUGGUUCUACAGGAGAAUAAUUCUGAAAAGAGAACUGCCCAAAAGUUUUGAAGAAAGAGAAAUUGAAGCUCCUUAUGAUAGACCCAUAACAAAAACUUUUAAUUAUGGUAUUAAAGAAUCUUCUUUAGAAUAUGAACAAUAUAUGCGUAAAAAUGGAAGAAAAAUCAAAUUUAAAAAAUGGAUAUCUAAAAAACAUCCAUGGUUCAGGAAAAAUACUUCUGGCAAAAAUAGAUGGGCCACACGACCUUACACAAAAAAAUUCCCCUAUUUAUACUAUUCCCGAACUCCCAAACAUUUGUAUCUAUCUGUGAAUAAACCUAAAGUUAGAAUUUCAUGA